AUGCAAGAAUUGAUUAACGCAAUUAAUGUCAACAAGGCACCUGGUUAUGAUAAUAUAUCACCUAAGUUUCUUAAACUAUCCUCAGACGGAGUAACUGAGCCGCUUACAAAAUUAUUUAUUUAUUGUAUAGUCAAUGCAACAUGGCCUAGUGGAUGGAAAUUGAGUAACGUCUGUUCUGCCUUCAAAAAAGGUGACUCAACUAACAAAAAAAUACCGCCCAAUAACCCUACUGACAUGUCAUUUCAAAACAUUUUGAGAAGGUUAAAUAGACCAACUGCUGCAAGUUUCCUUCCUGUUUUUUCUGAUAAUAUGUCGGGGUUCCUCCCGGGUCAUUCAUGCUAUACUGCACUUCUAAAAAUGGCCGUUGAUUGGCGUGAAAGUCUAGAUAAGGGUCAGGAUGUGGCUGUUAUAGCUAUCGAUCUAUCUAAAUUAGCGUUUGACUUUAUUUGCAUAAUUAACUACUGGCAAAGUUGCGAGCUUAUGGCCUAUCUCACUCUGCUAUGA